CAGGCGAGCGGACGUCCGUGAUGACGAAGUGUUCUUUUAAAUUUUGUAAAAGCGUGAAGCCGCAACAUCCCAAAAAUGACGGCAUGCUGUACUUUCGUUUUCCUAAACACCUAAUUCGUCGUGAGAAAUGGAUUGAAGUAGUAAGACGGCAGAGAGAGGAACCCUCAUUUGAACCAAACACAGCAAGUCUUGUUUGUUCCAAACACUUCAAUAAAGGUGAUUUUUAUACGACGGGCAAGGGUACAUCACGCCUUCGUGACACAGCUGUUCCUAUUAUAGAUCCUGUGAAUUUGAAUGCAACCACAAUAGAAGAUGAAAAUAAAUUAGGAGACGAUAUUUGUACACAAUUAAAUGAAGUUCAAACAAAACCUAAUACUACGAAGCUUAUUUAUCAAUAUUCUAUUAAUACUAAAGACAGUAGUAAAAAUUUUGAUCCAAUAAAUAAAAUGAUGAAGAAAGACACAUCUGAUUUAGAUAUGCUUUUUGAGGAAAAUGAUAACACAAAAUUUUCUAAUUACGAAAAUCCCUUUUUACCCAGUACUAGCUACAACAGUGGUAGUAGUGAUAAUGAUGAAGGAAUCGGUAAAAUAAUAAAGAUAGAAUUCAAGGAAUCGUCAAAUAAUUCCGAGGAAGAUAAAAAUGAUCUUGAUGAUAACUCUAUUGAGGACAGAAAUAAAAUGGAAUUCACUAGAACGCGUGAUUUAGACAAGUUUGGUGAACAUGUGGCGGCCAUGUUGAAAAGGAUACCAUUACAAAGAGCGUUGGAUUUACAACCGCGAAUUCUCAAGUUGAUCACCUCGGUGAUGAAUGACGAUGAUCAAACGACUGUGAUAGAAAUUGAAGAUGAACUCUACGGUGAUGGAAACUGAACUUUUUAUACAUAACUAGUUGUUUAAUGGAAUUAUUGCCGCAAACAGAGUAUUGAAAUGGUUACUAAUGACAUGUUUAGUGACGAUUUACGACUCUGAGUAUUUAACAUUAUUAUAGAACAGAUUCUUGGAAUAAAAU